AUGGCGCGAUCCAUCGAUUGCGCCUCCGACAGCUCGGUCAAGAACGUGGCGCUGGACACGCUGUUCCUCAUCGUCCUCCAGGCGGCCGUCGUCAUCGCGCUCGGCAAGUUCAUACACCUCGGCCUCCGCCGCCACAACCUGCCCAGCGCCACCUCCCAGAUCAUCGUACGCGGGGAUCAUCGUGGGAGCCUGGGCCUGCACGACGUGAUCGUGCACGUCGACGUGGAGAAUGCGGAGGACACCUACGGCCGCUACGUGUCGGAGGCGCGCAUCUUCUACAUGUUCUACGUCGGCCUGGAGGCGGACGUCGCGGCGCUGUGGAACGACAUGCGCCGGGCCACCAUCUUCACGUACGCGAGCGUCGCCACCUGCCUGCUCCUCGCGGCCUUCGUCUCCGGCGGCAUGUACGGCAGCAUGAUGCACACCCCGGUGAGGUCGCCCGAGCUGCUGGCCGCGGUGCUCAUGCUGUCCAUCGCCGACACCGCCUCCGUCGACGUCUCGCGGAUGGCCAGCGAGAUGGGGCUCGCGGCCACGCCCAGCGGCCGCCUCGUCGUCGCCACGGCGAUCGCGACCAACAUCAUCUGCAUCGUCGGCGAGGGGGUGUUCUCCUGCAUGAAGCUGGCAUCCAGCAGGACCCCGGACUACAGCGCCCCGCAGCGGCUGGGGCUGGGCAUCCUCGCGCUCGUCAAGGUGGGCAUCGCCGUGUCGCUGCUCAGGCCGGUGGUGGCGUUCAUCAACCGGCGCAACGCGGGGCGGCACCGCGUCGGCAACUGGGAGCUGGUGCUGCUACUCUUCGCCGUGUCGUGCAUCGGCAACUUCCCGCAGCGCGUGGGGUUCGACGGGAUGCCGGUGAGCCUCCUGCUGGGGCUUGCGUUCCCCAGGGAAGGCCCCGUGGCGAGGAGCAUCAUCGACACGCUGGCGUAUCCGCUCCACGCCCUCGCGCUGCCCUUCUAUUUCGGCGCCAUGGGGAUGCGGCUUAACUUCAGCGCCAUGUCGGGCGCCAUCCUGGUGCCGGCCAUCCUCCUGACGCUGCUCGGCUUGAUCGGCAAGUGCGCCGGCACCAUGGGCGCCGCCAGGUUCCUCAAGAUGCCGACCGCCGACGCUCUGCGCUUGGGCGUCCUGCUCAACAUCAAAGGCCACGUCAACAUGAUCGACAUGAGAUUCGCCAGUUCCGAAGGGAUCUGGGCGGAACAGGCGCUGAUGGCGAUGGUCGUCGGCAGCAUGAUCAGCACCAUCAUCGCGGGGCCGGUGUUCGCCGUGGUGUUCCGCAAGGAGAAAGAGGCGUACGAGUGCAGCCACCAGGCGCUGGAACACAUGGCCACGGACCAGGAGCUGCGCAUGCUCGCCUGCGUGCACGGCGCGCGCGGCACGCCGGGCAUGCUCAGCCUGCUCGAGCUGCUGGCGAGCAAGCCCCGCGCGCAGCCCACCAUCCACGUCCUCCACUUCUUCGACGUCGCGCGCAAGGACGACGCCCCCAGACAGUACCACCAGAGGGCCCAGGACAGCGAGCAUAAGCACAUGAGCCGCCGCAAGGACGCCACCACGCAGGUGAACUGGGCCGUCGACGUGUUCACCUGCGCCACCGGCCUCGUCAUCCGCCAGAUCGACGCCGGUGACCGCGGCAGCGCCGUGAACGCCAAGGCCAUCCGACGCUGGACGGAGGACGUCCGCUCGGGCAUCCUGCUGAUUCCCUACCACAAGGAGCAGCACUACGACGGCACCAUGGUCUGCCGGCGCGAGGACCGCCGCCAGCUCAACCUCAAGGUGCUAGAGGGCGCGCCGUGCACCACGGCCAUUCUCGCCGACCGCCCGUUCCGGAGAAGCGGCACCAGCUUCCAGCUGCCAACCAAGAUAUCGACGAGCACGGAGGCCGCCGGGAACCAGGGCGACGAGAAGGUGACGACCCACGUCGCCGCCGUCUUCCUCGGCGGCCCGGACGACCGCGAGGCCGUUGCCCUCGCCUGCCGCCUCGCCAAGAACGAGUCCGUCAGACUGACAGUCGUCCGCUUCGUGCUCCGCGAAAGCACGGACGACCGCGUCGCGACGACGAGCGCCGACAUCGACGGGGAGGUGUCCGUGGUCGUCGACGACCCGGACGAGGAGUGCGUGUCGGAGUUCCAGCGCGAGUACGUGGCGAAGGAGCGCGCGGCGUACGCGGAGAAAGCGGUGACGGGGCCCAUGGACGUGGUGGAGGCACUGCGCGGGAUGGCCGGCGCGUAUGCGCUGGUGGUGGUGGGGCGUGGCGAGCGGCAGCCGGCGGAGCUGGUGGUAGGGCUGGAAGGGUGGGCGGAGUGCGCGGAGGUAGGCCCGGUCGGGGAGAUCCUGGCCUCGGACGAGUCGCUGGAGAUGGGCUCCGUGCUUGUCGUGCAGCAGAAGACCGUGCCCCCGUUCCACUUCGACUUUGCCGCCGCCAGCUCCGGCGAACUGACACCAUGA